GAAGAACACACUUCCUGCCGUAUUGAGCUCGGCAUGGUUAUGCAUGUGGCGCAUUUAAUAUCUCAACUAUAAUAGUAGUUCUAUUAAGAUCGUUUAUUAAUAAGCAUUCUUUGGUAAGAUGUGAACGAUUAAGCGUUUUAUGUAUGAAUGACAUAAAGCGACCAUGUUUGUCACCUCGCGUAACGUUAGUCUAUGAAACAUAUAAGUUAAUCUAUUUUGGUCGUACAUCUUUUGUUUGUUUCUACUGCAGUUUAUCUGACCUGUUUUGUCAGCAGCAAUGGUUUACUGAAUAAACUGGAUUUAGUUAACAAGAGGUGUCGUUAUUAACAUUUGUGUCGCUUGCGUUGUGUUCUCAGAAUAAGAGUAUUUGUUAUAACGUUAUAUAAUGGAAGUGGAGAACAGAGAUUUCCUCAAUUCACCUCCAUUGAAGACCGUGCGCUUCGGAGGGAGUAUUGCCAGUACAUUAGUUAAACUAGAACAGGGUGACAGAAGUGGCUAUGAACUGAUAAAGCAUCAGCUUUCAGAUCCUGACAUUAAGGAAGCUCAGAUUAUCAACUGGCUGCAGGAACUCAGGAGCUGUGUUACUCAACUUGGCAAAGAUCACGAACAGUUAAUCUAUGUUGUGUUGAGACUGCCUUGCUUCGGACGCAGUCAAGCCGUUGUGGAAGAAUAUCUGGCUUUUCUGAGUAACCUUGUGUCAGCCCAGACUGUCUAUCUCAGACCAUGUCUCAAAACCAUCAUAUCUAAUUUUAUCCCAAAGAGAAUAAGAAUCCAAGAAGGAAAUGUGGAUAUUUCAGAUUCCGAUGACGAAGAUGAUAAUCUUCCAAGAAUUUUUGAUCAAUGUCAUCAAGCCUUGCAGAUGAUUGUCAAAUAUGUUCCUUCAACCAGCCGAUUCCUGAUGCCAAUUCUCUCGGAAAGUUUCCCGUUUGUGCAGAAAUCCUCCGGGACACUUGAGUGUUAUGUGCACAACCUGUUAAGAAUGACAGUCUAUGUACCCGCCCUGAGGAGAGACCUCCUGGAGCUCAUCAUCAGCAAGAUGCUGGCAUUAGACGUUAGUGCACCACGAAGUGAGAUUGAAGGAGCAGAAGGUGCUGCAGAGUCUGACGCCGGUGGUGAAUCGCGGGACGACUGCCUCUUUAACAUGGAUGAAGACUUGCCACUGGAUUCAUCUCGACCUGAAGAUGAAGCUGAAAUGGCCCAUCCUGUGGCAGAGAGACUGGACACACUAAUGAUCGUCCUGCUGGCCUACAUUAGAGACAUAUGCCGUGUUGAUGGCUCUUUGAAUAUUGAGAAAACCAAAGCACUGUACAAAGACCUGCUGUGUGUGUUUGAUAAAGUGGUGCUUCCCACUCAUGCUUCCUGUCAUGUGCAGUUCCUCGUGUUCUACCUCUGCAGCUUUCGCUUGGGUUUGGCUGAAGCCUUUUUAGAUCAUUUAUGGAAACAGUUUCAGAGCCCUUCACAGCCGCCGGUGCUUAGGCAGGCUGCUGCUGGAUACAUGGGCAGCUUCAUGGCAAGAGCCAAGUUUCUUCCAGUAUCAACAGUGAAGGCCUGUCUGGAGCUGUUGGUUCACUGGCUGCACCUUUACAUUGACAGUCAAGACUCAGGAUCCAAAGCAUUCUGUGAUGUCAAUCUGCACAGCCCCUUUUAUACAGCCUGUCAGGCCGUGUUCUACACGCUGAUCUUCAGACACAAUGCUAUUCUGGAGGGCAACAUGAAGAAAGGGUUGGCGUACCUGCAGGGUUUAAAUCUAGAGCGCAUAGUGAUGUGCCAUCUCAACCCCCUGAGGGUCUGUCUGCCUGCCGUCACCAACAUGUUUGCAGCCAUCACCAGGAAGUAUCAGCUGGUGUUCUGUUACACCAUCAUCGAGCGCAACAGCCGUCACUUGCUGCCCGUGGUGAGGAGUUCAGUGGGCGGCAGCUCCGUGUCCGCUGACGUAAACCCUCUGGAUACGUUCUUCCCUUUCGAUCCAUAUCUCCUGAAAAGGUCUGGGAAAGUUAUUGAGCCCGUCUACCAGGUGUGGGAGGAGCCAUCUGACUGUAUGAUGGAUGUACCGAAGAAAAAUGUUAAAAAGGGGUCCAUGGAGGAUGAGGAUGAUUUUCUACAUGGAGAGACUCCUAAAGGAGACACAAUAAUGGGCAUGACUCCAGGCUCUUAUGAAUCUCACCUGCACAGUCCACGGAGCGUAGGCUCUCCCCCCAUCUCCUUCCUGCAGCGGCCAUUCUGAACCACUGUUGUAAUAUUCAGCCGGUCGCAGAUGAGCAGUACAGCCCAACGUCAUAUCAUGUGGAGGCGCUCAAGGAGCAUCUGUGCUUGUGUUAGCACAGAUCGAACUGACACUGUAUUUUAAAAGCUCCUGACACCAGUUUUACUGACCUUGUUUCAGUAGUUUUUCCUAAACCCUCCAUCACACUUUAAGACUAAAAUCGCAGAAUACAACUUUUGCACAUUUUUGCUGAAUUAUUCUGGUCAGAAUAAAGAAACACAGGCAGUUUUUCAAGGAGAAACCGACUGUGUGGAAAUUGUAUCACUUGGUAUUCUUAGGUUAUGUCAGUUGAUAUUUGUAAUAUCUCAGUUUAUUCUGAAAUGCAUUAAGAGGUUGGACUGACCUCAUUUCACUUUAGUUGGAAAGAGUAACGGGACCUAAGUUUUAAGCUUAAAUUCGUAGCUUAAAAUGUCCCUCUCCUUACAACAUAUUCAGCAGGAAAACCUUUUGAAAUGUUUUUUGGUUUAUUCUGUAAAACUCAAGCUAUGCUUCAUUGUAUUGAGAACCUCACAAUUGUGAUACAUUUUCUUAGUAGGAUAAACAUGUAAAGAAUGGUUUAAAUGUUACUAUUUAUAUUAAAAUAUUGCUAUUCUCA